AAGUUAGCAGAUGUCAAAAUAUGAGGAGGGAGAGUGCAAUUUUUCAAUUCCACGUCAUAAUUAGUGAGGCACGAGUGUCUGAAAGAGGCAAAUGUUGUGCAGACCAGCUAUAAGAGUUCACAAAUUUUCAGGUUUCUAUUUUCAUAAAAAGUUUAAUCCCCAAUAAGUUUGAAUAUUGCGAUCCCGGUUUUCUUCCUAGUGUCGGAUUUCGGAAAACCCUACAGGGCCAAUCAGAAACCCUAGAUUCGUCCUCAUUUUUGGAGAAUUUUUUAGUGUAACAUGAACGUAUUUCAGUUGAUUUUUCAGGAGGCUCGAGUUUCAUUUGGUUCUGUUCUUUGUGUUAAUUCGGGAUCUUGAAUAACCACAAAGGGAAAUCAACUUUGUUUUAUUGCGAUUGUUGUUGUUUAUUUGUUUUUUUUCCCAUUGUUGAGUUGGAAGUGAGAGUUGGAUUGGUGAGAGUGCAUUGGGAAUUGGUGGCGUUGGAUUUUGUUGCGUGGAUGAAUGCGUGAUCUGGGUGGAGAGAAAGAGAAGGGCGAGGAAUGAGUGGGGCAUAAAUGUCUGCUCCAUUGGGUAUUGGAAUUCGUUCUGGAAGUUAUGGGUCUUUGGAUAAACAGGUACAGAACGGCUCUGCGCGAAAGGCAACAAAGAUGCUCAAGGAGAAGGAGAAGGAGAGGUUGUUCCUUUGGAUCUGCAAGUUCGCUGGUCGCAAGAAGGUCGGAAUGCUCUUCCUCUGUCUCAUCUCUGCUGCAGUUUUCAUCUGGGUUUUGUAUGUUGGAAAAGGUGAAGAUUCUCAGGAAGGAAACACAGUACCAAGCAUUAGUGAUAAUGAAAGCAUGUCUGCAAGUGAUUCUAAAUCUGAGAUCUCUAGGAAAAAUGCAAUGGACUUAACUACAAAAUUGAGCUCUCCACCCCCUGGCUAUUUUUUGGGCUACAAUCUUCCUCCAGGGCAUCCUUGUAAUAGCUUUACACUUCCUCCCCCGCCUGCUGAUAAAAAGCGUACUGGGCCACGUCCUUGCCCGGUGUGUUACCUUCCUGUGGAAGAAGCCAUUGAACUGGUGCCAAAAUUGCCCUCACCUUCACCGGUCCUUAGGAAUUUAACAUAUGUCUAUGAGGAAAAUUUAAGUAGAGAUCGAGAGUUUGGUGGUUCAGAAUUUGGUGGAUAUCCUACUUUGAAGCAGAGAAAUGAUUCUUUUGAUAUACGAGAGUCCAUGAGUGUGCACUGUGGAUUUUUAAGAGGAAUUAAACCUGGCCGCAAAACAGGAUUUGACAUUGAUGAAGCUGACCUUUUUGAAAUGGAGCAGUGUAAUGGAGUGGUUGUUGCGUCAGCCAUAUUUGGAAACUUUGACGAGAUAAAUGAGCCAAAAAAUAUAAGUGACUAUUCAAGGAAGACUGUGUGCUUCCUUAUGUUCGUAGAUGAAGAAACAGAAAAAUAUCUGAGCAGUUCUGGCAAGCUGGGAAGCAGCAAGAAGAUUGGUUUAUGGAGAAUUAUUGUUGCUAGGAAUCUUCCUUACGCAGAUGCAAGACGGACAGGAAAGAUUCCAAAGCUUCUGCUGCAUAGAAUGGUCCCAAAUGCUCGCUAUUCUAUAUGGCUUGAUGGGAAGCUUGAGCUUGUUGUGGAUCCAUAUCAAAUUCUUGAAAGGUUUUUGUGGAGAAAUAAUGCUACUUUUGCGAUAUCAAAGCAUUAUAGACGUUUUGAUGUAUUCGUUGAGGCUGAGGCAAAUAAAGCUGCUGGAAAAUAUGAAAAUGCCUCCAUUGACUUUCAGAUAGAGUUUUACAAGAGAGAGGGAUUGACCCCGUAUACAGAGGCCAAGCUUCCUCUUAUAAGUGAUGUUCCGGAAGGAUGUGUGAUAGUACGAGAACAUGUUCCUAUAAGCAACCUCUUUACUUGUCUUUGGUUCAAUGAAGUUGACCGAUUUACUUCAAGAGACCAGCUUAGUUUCUCAACAGUAAGGGACAAAAUUUUGUCGAGGGUAGAUUUUCAUUUUCACAUGUUUCUGGAUUGUGAACGACGCAACUUUGUAGUUCAGAAAUACCACAGAGAUCUAUUGCUGCGCCUGGCUCCACCAGAUACAUUUGGUCACAGUUCACCUCCUCCACCAUCUCCUCCUACUCCAUUGCUUGUGCAGGGUGCAAACUCACCCAUUAAAAGAGGUCCUGGAAGGCGUGGAAAAGAUCGGAAAGCUGGUCAGCGGCGCCACCGCAAAGUUGCAGCCGGAGGUAGAGAGAUGGAACCGAGUUAACAGUUUUGUUUGGGUGAUUAGAUCAUCAUUAUUAUUAUUUUAUUUUUAAAUUCCACUUUGAAAAUGUCAUUCAUUGCAGUAGUGGAGGAAAAAAUGUGCCAGAUGAGUGUUGUAUUGUUUCCACAUAGAUGCUCUCAUUCUUUAUACUAUCCGCAAAUCUCCAUUUUUGUUAAUUUUUUACUGUAUAUAUAGUAAAAUUUUCAAUAAUUAUACUAUGGGUUGCCACUGAAUUCCUCAUGUGGUAACAUCCUUUGCUAUUCUGCUA